CGUUGCCUUUCCCCAUCGCCCCGAUUCCUUUUGUCCCAAGCCGCGUUUCCCCAUCACCGAGGGCUUCCCUCCUUCACCGUCUCCUCGAGCUCGCCGGCGCCCUUCGAUUUGGCGCGUGCCUGUCAGCCCGUGGAAGAGGUCUCCAGUCUGGACGAAGAAGAAGACGGCGAGGUGACCGCGUGUCCCCAACACCAUGGAUCUGGCCGGCACAUCCGGACCCGAACCCGGCGGGUGCCAUCCAUAGACGCAGCUCCUCCCUCGUCUUUGCUCCCAGAAAGCAACCAGCCCGAUUUUUCAUUAUCGGCGAACUUCUUGAUUCUCCGGAAACGGCGGCUGGACACGCGAGCAAUUCUUGUAGAAGGCGGACAACCGAGCUGUUUACACCUACCACCUCGCCCCCACCAAGCCAAUAACCUCAUCGACUGCGUCCUGGACAAAGAAGACAAUGAUUGAUUGCACGGGAGGGUUGAGUAGGGACGAGAGAGCUAUAGCUAGAAGGAACAAAAGGGAGUCAUUGAUUUCCAGUGGAAGUGAUGGCAGAAGAAAAGUUAGUGCUAAGCUUCAGAAAACAAUAGAUAAGAUGAUGAAGGUGGCAAAGGAUUGUUUAGCGAAUGAGGCUGCUGAGGCUGCUUGGGCAGCACGACUUUUCAGCUUGGAGCAUCCCGAUCGAGUGGUUUCAAGCACUCCUUUCCAAGAGAAAGAGUUCGGCGAUACAGGCUCUCCUGAUAAAGCACUUCAAGUAAGCGGGGUCACCAAGGACAUAACUCCAGAUUUGUCUGCUAUUGUCGUCUCUCUUGCUUUGUUUGAUGGAGAUAAGAUGUUAUUUGCAAUCUCAGGCGUAGCUGUACCACCUGUGACAACUAAACUAAGGCUAUCAAGAUUUGUAACUUCAGCACGUUUGGUUGUGGAAUAUAAUAAGAACAGAAAUUUAGAUGAUAAAUUGAGGAUUGAUGUGUGCCUUCCUGAUAAUACACAUAUGGAUGGAUUCCUGGGACUCUAUGAUAAAGAUAUUGCUAUUGUCACUUCCUGUGGGACCCGAAAAUCAAUCUGUCGUGUAGAUUUGGACCUUCAGACACCUCUGCCUUCUGAUGGUAAGAUAAUCGCAGCUGCUCGGGCCUUUGAAUCAGGCCGUUUGAUGGUAACGUCUGGACAUUUGACUGGAGGCGGUCUUGCAUGCUGGACACAAAUCACAGAGGCUGCACUUGGAGGGCCACUUGUCGAUCAUGAAGGGAAGUUUCUCGGGGUCAACCUUAAUAUUGAUACUGCUGGAAGUUCCUUGUUCCUACCACUGACAGCCCUUCGUGAACGCUUGGUGCAUUUUCAGAUACUCACCCCUAAAACUAUGGACUUCCGUGGAUAUUCCUUGCCUGCAGGUGUAUCAAGCAUAAUCCCUUCAGGAUUCUGGAAAAAGGUUAAGCAACUAGAAUGGCUUGGCUAUCCCAAGCCACCACCACUUGUGCUUGAAUUCAAUGGGAAAGUGCUCAAUAGUUUUGAGGAGGAGUUUGGUCAAUUACUUGCUUGGAAAGAGUAUCCUUUCGACGUUACAGACUAUAGUUCUAGGGAGUAUGUUUGGCCGCUACUUCCAAGAGACGUUGUUACAAAAAUAUCCCGAAGUGUUGUCAGACUUGUUUCGUCCAAGGGAAGUGUGAGGUCUUUUGCAUGCACAGGCUUGCUUAUAAAGUGGCCUGGAACUGAAGGCAUGCACCCUGUCAUUCUCACCUCGGCCAGUUUGGUUAGAAGUCGUGAUGACCACUUCAAUAUUGAUAACAACCUAAAGAUUGAGGUGUUUCUUCCACCAAAACAAGUUGCCAAGGGGACAUUGGUAUUUUAUCAUUUAAUUAGUAAUAUCGCUAUCAUCAGUCUUGAGAAAGGUUUCCAUUGCAUUCGUCCAUUUGAUAUCUGCUGUAAAGAAGAUGAUUUAUCCAAACCAGUAGUGGCUAUAGGGCGUCAAAUAAGUGAAGGAUUUCUAAUGGCCACAGAAGGUGAAGUCAUUAGCAACAGAUUUGACACAGAAUACUUGCUCGGAUGUCGUUCUCGAGUACUUUCGUCCACUUGUAGAAUCAAGAAGGCUGGGAUUGGAGGCCCCCUUAUUAAUUUUGACGGGGCUUUCGUUGGCAUGAACCACUAUAAUGAACGUAAAGAAACUCUUUUCGUGCCAAGGCGUGAGAUUGUUAAAAUUCUGAAAAAAGAGCUUAAUUGGAGAAAAAGAAGACUGUCCAUGAACACUCUGCAUGGUGUUGGAUGUGGGAUAUAUCGUAGUGCAAGGUGGUCUGUGCCCGAGCCAUACUAUGGCCAUGGUCUACUUGAUGUGGACAAGCAUGCUCUGCUGCACCAGCAUAUUGGAAGACAACUCCAAUAGACGUCAUGCUGAUGGUCGUCCUCGUUCUGCUAUUUAUUGUCUAUGUCGUCCUCGUUCUGGUUAUUUUCAAAUGGACCUGCACCUGUAAUGUCCUAUAUUGUCCUAUGUUGGCCUCGUUUGCUCAUGUCUAAUACAUUCAUGUUGGACGGGUGUUACGCCUUAAGAAUUAUGUUCUCGGUAACUCAUUAUACAACUUCAAAAUUUACAUGGAAGCUACUUGGUGUGUAUGUGAACUCUGGGAAUUUCAAUGGCAACCAUGUGGCCAGUUUGAUUAUUAAUUA